UAUCAAUGUUUGAAUGUUGACAAUUUCAUGUACGUUGAAUACGAGAUAAUUCAAUGAGGAGGUAGAAAACAACCCAUAUUUCAGAAUUAAUUUAAUCAUAAUGAUUUUUGUCUUGUAUUUAUCAGUUAGUUUGGUUCUGCAGUUGCAUAUGAUACAUGGACACCCAACUUACCAUGAGACUGAGCAGUUAAUAACUCAUGACGAUACUGAGCAGCAAAACCCAGUUGGAGAGAAAGAACAUGCAGCCAAACAGUUUGUGCAAAAAUUCAAAACUAAACUUGCUAACCGCAAAGUAGACUUUGGGCGUGCUGUCCAACGGGUGUUCAGAAAACAGAUUAUCCUGGUGAACGGAGAUUAUCAAGGUCAACUUACAGAAUACAUGAAGCCAAAACAAAGUGAGGAUCAACGUCUAAGAGAAACGCUACAUACCAAUAUUACAAAAAUCAACCAUAUCAUUGAAAUUGGAUCUCGAAACAAUGACCCCGAUCCUGCAGAAACACUAAAAACUUUACAAAGCGAGAAGAGAGAGCUACUGACAGCUUAUCAAGAACGCAGUGCUGAACUUCUGAAAGAGAUCGAAGAUUAUGAGAUGACGAUCAAGAAGGAAAUGGAAAAAAGAACAGAAGCUCUUAGUACGAUGUAUGAUACUUUUAUUGAAAAAGUCGAUCUCAAGUUCAAUGAAACAAUUCUUGCUUUCAACAAAAAUGUUGAAAUGGCAUCUGCGAAGUAUAUUACGAAAGAUUAAUGAUGUCUCAAUGUACAUUCACCUCGUACUAUUAUCACAAAUGAGCAAAUACCAAUAAAUAUUAUUAGAUAUGUACAGUUAUAUAAGGAUUUGAAUAAAGCAUUUGGUCUCAAAUGGCUCUAGAAGAAAAUUUAGAUUUCAUUAUGUACAGUGUAUAAACAAGUCCAGUUUUCACGAUGAUUGUAGAUCACUUCAGAGGAUGUGGUAGUGGCGGGUCUAGAAAUGAACAGGGGGGGGGGUGCAAAUUUUGAUUCUGGAAAAGUUUUGAAAAUUAAGGCCCAUUUUUUGAUAAAUUGGCCAAAAAAGGCCUUUAAAUGUCAAAUAUGC